AUGGCGUGCAAAGCAGAAGCUACCAGGUGCCCUGUAAAUGAUCCCGUAUCUCUUCCUCACGAGUGGUAUCAGCCUGGGAACCUCCUCAUUGGUGGAGUUGCUUCUCAGAUCAUGUACCUUUUCCCCCAACUUUCCUUCGACAAUCACCCAUCUCAGGAGCUGGGCUUGGAUACUCCAAUUGUAGUAUCAAAGUUCUACCAGCAUGUCCUGGCCUUGGCAUUUGCUGUAAAUGAGAUCAACAGAAACAUGGAAAUCUUGCCAAACAUCACACUGGGUUUCCACAUCUGUGACAGCUACUACGAUGCAAGGAUGACCUAUCGAACCACUCUGGACCUGCUCUUCAAAGUUCAUAAAUUUAUCCCAAACUAUGAAUGCCAAUCCCCAAAAAAUCUUAUAGCUGUCAUAGGGGGCCUGAGCUCUGAUAUCUCUUUCCAUAUGGCAAACAUCUUAAACCUCUACAAGAUUCCACAGAUCCACUCAUUUCUCCAAGGCAUUUCAUUUAACAACUCAGCUGGAGAAACGGUGUCCUUGACUAAUCAUAGGGAGAUGGGAGGUGGAUUUGACAUUGUGAACAUGAUCACGUUUCCGAACAUCUCCUUCCUUAGGGUGAAAAUUGGAAUGGUUUAUCCCAAGGCUCCUGAAGGAAAAGAAAUUGCUCUCAAUGCAGAUAUAAUUGUGUGGCAUGAAAGUUUCAAUCAGGUUUGUCCGAUUUCCGUGUGUAAUGAGUACUGCAAUGCUGGGUAUCAGAAGAAAAAGAAGGAAGGCGAGAAGUUCUGCUGCUAUGACUGUGUUCCAUGCCCAGAAGGCAAGAUUUCCAACCGAAAGGACAUGAAUGACUGCUUCAAGUGCCCAGAGGAUCAAUACCCUAGCAAGGACAGAGAUGGGUGUAUUGCCAAAAUGAUAACUUUCCUGUCUUAUGAAGAACCUUUAGGGAUUGGCUUAGUCUUGGUUGCAGUUAUCUUUUCCAUAAGCACAGCACUGGUGCUAGUAAUCUUUGUUAAACACAAAGAUACCCCCAUUGUCAAAGCAAACAACCGGGACCUCACAUUUAUUCUACUCAUUUCUCUCCUCCUCUGUUUCCUCUGUUCAUUGCAAUUUCUUGGACAACCAAGGAAGGUGACUUGCGCUCUCCGUCAAUCUGCAUUUGGUAUCAUUUUCUCAGUGGCUGUGUCUUGUGUGUUGGCGAAAACCAUCACUGUGGUUUUAGCUUUUCAGGCCACCAGGCCAGGUUCCAGCAUAAGAAAGUGGGUAGGGAAAAGACUGAACAACUCCAUUGUCCUUUCCUCCUCCUUUAUUGAAGCUAGUAUUUGUAUGGUGUGGUUAGGGACCUCUCCUCCUUUUCCAGAUUUCGACAUGCAUUCACUCAGUGGAGAAAUUGUAGCAGAAUGCAGUGAAGGCUCUGUCACCAUGUUUUAUCUUGUCCUGAGCUACAUAGGUCUCCUGGCCAUCAUCAGCUUCACCGUGGCGUUCCUGGCCAGGAAGUUGCCAGAUACUUUUAAUGAAGCCAAGUUCAUCACCUUCAGCAUGCUGGUGUUUUGCAGUGUUUGGUUGUCCUUUGUCCCAGCAUAUGUGAGCACCAAGGGGAAAUAUAUGGUGGCUGUGGAGAUCUUCUCCAUUUUGGCCUCCAGUGCUGGACUACUGGUUUGUAUCUUUGCCCCCAAAUGCUACAUCAUUAUUCUGAGGCCUGAGCUGAACUGUAGGGAACAUAUCACAAAAAGACUGUAA